GCUGCUGCUGGAAGGUUUUGCUUCCGCCUUGUUUUCUUGGUGCCUGUUAGUGGCUGAGAGGGAGACCCGGGAGGAGGCUGGGGUUGGCUUGAAUCCACUUUUCUCCCCAGUGGACCCAAAGUGGCUUAUAUCAUUGGCCUGUCCUCCACAGAAUUAUCACAAGAACCCUGUGAGCAUCUGACACUCCGAGGUGCUGUCCUUUUGUAUGUGGAAGUCCUGUUUAGCUGUUACAAGCUGGGGUUCGUGUCCUGAGGAAUCACAGAGAGGAAGCGGUAACUACUUCAACAUUUCUGUCUCAGUAGGGAUCCAAAGUGGCUUACAACAUUCUCCCUGCAUCCAUUUUAUCCUUGUAACAGCCCUGUGAAGAUGAGCCAUCAGUGAGGUCACAGAUGACACGUCUGUGCGUGAGCCCCCAAGGACUCCCCCAAUCUGUCCGAGGAUGAGCAAGCCGUGGGGCUUGCCGAAUGGUGACCUGGAGCAGAGCCUUCCCGCCAUUGCUUCCUCACUCUCACACAGCCAGGGCUUCUCUCCGCACCACUACUUUUCUCCCGAAAGGAGAAGAAUCAUUUCUGAUGUUCGGAGGACCUUUUGCCUCUUUGUGACCUUCGACCUCCUUUUCAUCUCACUCCUCUGGAUAAUUGAGCUGAACACCUCCAAUGGUAUCCAGUAUAAUUUGAAAGAAGAAAUUGUCAACUACAACUUUAAAUCAUCUUUUUUUGAUAUAUUUCUCUUGGCUGGUUUCCGGUUCUCAUUGCUGCUUCUGGGAUAUGCUGUUCUAAGGCUACGGCACUGGUGGAUUAUUGCGAUCUCCACUUUGGUGUCCAGUGCCUUCCUGAUAGUGAAAGUUAUCCUCUCAGAUCUCCUGGCCAAAGGUGCCUUCGGUUAUCUCUUGCCCAUCGUCUCCUUUGUCCUUGCCUGGCUGGAAACAUGGUUUCUGGAUUUCAAAGUGUUACCUCAGGAGGCCGAGGAAGAGCAAUGGUACUUGGCGGCUCAGGCUGCAGUGGCCCGUGGACCCCCUCUCUAUUCAGGAGCGCUCUCCGACGGCCAGUUUUAUUCCCCUCCAGAAUCUGUUGCAGGGUCAGAUGAGUCAGACGAUGAGCUACUGGGAAAGAGGGAACUAACCAAUGAAGAGAGGGAAUAUGUUGGGCAAGGCAAGAUGGCCAUGGAAGCAAUGGAUCAGAUCCUAGCUCAAGAAGAAAACUGGACCUUUGAGAGAUGCAGUGACUUUGGAGACACCAUUCACACCCUUGAAAUGCCAUUCUAUGGCAAGGUUUUCAUUCUCAAGGCUGUUCUACAGUGUCCUGCUGAGAUAGUCUACCAGGAGAUGAUUCUCCAGCCUGAGAAGAUGGUCCUAUGGAAUAAAACCUUGUUAACAUGCCAGAUCUUGCAACGAGUUGACGACAACACGACAAUAUCCUACGACGUGGCUGCGGGUGCCGCUGGCGGUGUGGUUUCCCCCAGGGACUUUGUUAAUGUGCGUCGGAUUGAGAGAAGGAGAGACCGCUACAUUUCAGCAGGGAUGGCAACGGUUCACAGCUCGCGCCCACCAACUUCCAAAUAUGUCAGGGCGGAGAAUGGGCCAGGGGGCUUUGUUGCCUUGAAAUGCCCCACGAAUCCAAACCUCUGCACCUUGAUAUGGGUACUCAAUGCAGACCUCAAGGGUCGGCUUCCCCGAUACCUCAUCAACCAAAGCUUAGGUGCCACCAUGACAGAGUUUAUGUUCCACUUGCGCAAACGGGUUACGGAGGUCACAGCACGGUCUUAAGUUCUGGGCAUUCUUUGCUCUGUUGUUGCCUUUGGAGGGUGCUCAGCCCAGCAAGUUCUGAAGAAUUGGAGUCCAUUUUCUUCCUACUGGAGUGGAGCAAUCCUGUCUAUCUGCUGGCUUUCAGCAAUGGGCAAAGAGCCUCCUGCAGCAUUUUCAGAAUAAGCGCCAGAGAAGUUGAUCAAAUGGCAAAGUGGAAGCAAGACUACAUAAGGUCUCAACUGGAGCAAAUUGGAGAGAAGCACCACAGUGUCUUCCUCAGAUGAUCAAAGUUAACAUUGCUACUGGAAUCUGAGCCACUUUGGGUUUAAUGAUGUGCCAAAUCCCUUCACAAUCACGCUUCCAGAAUCUAAGUGCUUUACCUGUAUAACUUUUUGUGGACAUAAUCGUCUUGAUUUCUGUUGGCUGUGUGCCCAGAAACUUAUCCAGAUGCCUUUCAUAGGAGAGUUGGACAGCCUGGCAGAUCCAGCUUGGGGAGAAGGGGUAGCAGUUGAAGCUGGACACUUUUCCAUCCUGCUCUGAAGUCCAAGAGCCUAGCACUGCCUUCCCUCGUCAAGCGCUGUGUACAUUUGGAGAGGUGACUGUCCAGGUUUCUGGGUGCAAGUUGCUUGUUGCAUCCUUGUGACAAGGAGCUGGUUAUCCUGCCAUCUGUUGAGUAUGCAGACCUUGAGAGGUGGCGCUAAGCGAACCCUUCUACUAAUCAUGUCUUUGCCUCAGUUCCUUCUUGCCUGGCUUUAAUUGAGAGCAGCAAACCCCACCUCUCCAAGUACAAACUGACCCAUUCUACAGUGGCUGGCAACUUUUGGGUUUGUUUUUUGGUCUUCCACUCCAUUCUGAUCCUUGAGACCCACAGUCUGUUUAUAUCCCCCCAAAAGCUCAGAGUGGUGGUAGAGGAACCUGAUGCUUUGCAAAGUAAUAGCAGAGAGAGGGGGGGGGGCACCUUGGACUCAUCUGCUUGGUACUGUCUCGUCUCAGAAAACCUUGGUUCUGUCUUCCCUACCUCUGUUCCAUCUAGCACGAGCUGUUAGCUGAAGGAAUAGAUGGAGAUUGCUCAGGCCUGUUAUCAAAAAGAAGACUAGUUUCCUCCCGUCACCCUAUGAAACUUGCCUUUCUGUGUGUUAACGCAUCUGAUUUUAAAAGAAUAAUAAUAAUAAUUGGACAUUCCCCCCCCCCAAGCUGUGAACAUAAUUACUUUGUUAACCCAGAGACCUGAAUUUUGAGGUAAAUAUAAUAGAAAGGGGGUUGCAACCCACUUACUUGCAGCUGGCUGGAAUGGAAUUAACAUUUCAAAUACUAUAAAGGGAUCAGGUUUGUUAUGGGGGCUGCUAGAGAUAAUGACAAUGGAAAUGAAACGUACUUUUCAGUUAAAUGUGAUAUGCUGACUAUGUGACAUAAAAACCUGAUUUCCUAGGUUGACAUGUGGGCAAAUGCAAUGUUUAGGUGCGUGCCAAGGGCUGGCCUGGGCUCCCAGCGGCAGAAGGCUCCUGUGGCUCUAGAACCCCUUGCAGCUGAAAAUGUUUCCAUGUGCUUUUCCCCUGGAGAUGGUAGAAACCACGGCUAGGGCAUUCCUCUUUUCAGUCUCCCAAGUGAUCUAAGAGCACUCCUACCCCUAUGAGCAGCCUUUCCCCAAGGCAGAAGCCACUCUACUAAGCCUGGGCUUUGGGAAUGGAACUUCACAGGCAUCCGUACCCAGUUCUUGUCAAGCUAGGCACACAAAGCAUUUUCUUUAAACUCUGCAGCCUUCCAUGAUUCUCCCCUGGGGAAGUGAGAAUGUUUUAGAAGCAGCAGUAGGGGUUUAGAAGAGUUAUAAAGGUUGCUGCGUUAAGGUAGUUGCUUCUGUUCUCCAGUAUGGGGUAGCUCCCUAUCGGUGGGAAAUGGCUUCCAAAGACCCUAAACGAAGCGGAACCUAAAAUGGAUUUUGAAUCUCAUGGUAGACCAGGGACCCAUAGUGAUUGUUCACUGGAGGCAUUUUAAGGCCAGUUGGAGGGAGGAGAGCUGGACUGGAUAUUCAACACUGGUGGGCGUGAGCCAUUUGGAUACAUGUCUUAGUCCAGAGCUGGGCAGCUUGCAUGUCUGCCAAGCAUCAAGGCUGAGCCUUGUUUUCAACUAUCAUCAUCACUAGCUCUAUCUGCUGCUUUUCCUUUUUAGGAAGCUCCCCCCCCCCUCCUUAUUUAUUGCAUCUUGUGUGUUGGGGCAGAGCUUUGAACAAGCCCCGCCCUUUCCCCUGAUGUCUUUUAGCACAGAGGGCAGGGCUUGCAGGAAGCACUGCACUGGAAGUUCUACAUUGCAGUUCUACAUUGCAGGCAUGAUGGAUCUCUAGGGAUACAAAGAUCAGGGGAAACGGGCUCACCUUCCUAAAAUGAUGUUUGCUGUGAGUCUGGUAAUAUUUGUAAUCUAUGCUGGGGAGAUUGACAGGAAGUCACCCUUUUCCUGGGCAAAAGUAGCAUUUUUUAAAGAGAAAUUGCUAUUGCUCUCAUUUUAAGCUCCUUGUAAGCUCCUGCCUCAUGUGGACAGUGAAAAGGGGCUUGCAAACUUAGUGGAUCUAAGAACUAUUUUGUUGACCUGUGCAGUGAGGGGUGCACUUCCACCCAGUCAUCUUGAACUUGAAUAACACACUUGCCUUCUGCCUUGAAUCUUUGUAACUUAAAACCAAUAAAAACAAGUCAGAAAAAUA